AUGUCUGGUCAAAGUAAUCAGAGUAAUAUGUAUUCUGAGGCAAAUACUAAUAAUUUUUGGUUAACACGUCCUCCGCCUCCUUUUAUGCCAUCAAGGCCCAUUCAACCCAUGUAUAAUAUUCAUAAUAUACCUUUUAUUCACCCACCUCUAUCACCAUGUAAUAAACCAGCACAAAACUAUUUUAUGCCUUAUGGUGUUGAUAUUAGUAAUCAAUACUAUCAAGAACAAUAUGUACCAUCUAAUCAAAAUAUAAGCAAUUCAUUUUCAUCUCUUCCUGAUAAUAUUGAUGAAGAAUAUAUUCUCCAAUAUUUGUGUCCUAUACCAAAAACUUUAAAAGAUGAAACUACUAUUUGGAUUGAAAAGUGGUUAGCCACCAAAGAAAAAGAUUUUACUAUAAAGAAUGUGAAAUCAACAAAUGUAAUUGAGAUUAACCAAAUCAGUAAUAUUGUAAAAGAAUGUAAACAAUUAUUAGAAAAUAUGAAUAAUAAUAAAAAAAAUAUGGAACAGAAUGUAUUAACUAUGACAGAAGCUGAAUGGAAAAAAGCUUGUUCCAAUUUAAUCUUAGAUAAAAAACAAAUAGAUACUAUGAUAACAACAUUACAUUUUGAUGCUGAAUCAUUAUCUGAAUUAAAAUUUCGAUUAGCAAAAAGAAAGAAAAAAAGGGAUCGAUUAAAGAGACUUAAAGCUAAUCUGAAACUAAUUAAAUCCCAAAAAAAAGAUGAAAUCCUAGAAAUAAACAGAAAGAUUGAUGCUUGGCAAAAUGCCUUAAAAGAAAAUAUACUAAAAGAAGAAAGAGUUAACAAAACUAAAACUGAAGCCAACAUCGUUUUGAAAGGGGUUCGGGGAAAAAUUGAAGAUGCUAAAAAUCAGUUAUCAUUGUUAGAUAAUUUGGAAAAAUUGAGAAAAUGUAGACUUCAAAACUGUGUUAACAAAAGAAGAAAUCCACUUUUAGAAAAUGCCUUAAAUAAAUUAAAGAUACUUUGGCAGCAAAAAUUAGCAGACUACAAUAAAGAAGAAGAAGGAUUAAAAAAUAUGCUUAUUGAAGCCGAAGCAAAAAAAAAAAAUAAACGAGAAAUUGAAAUUCAAGAAAAAUUAGCAGAAUGGGAUCAUAUUCUUUUUGGACCAAGUUUUAGAUCUCAUGAAAUGGGCGUUGAUAAUUAUACAUUCCUUGAAAUACGGAGAGGCUGGGAUAAAUAUGUUGUUGAUGAAAAGGAAGUGUCAGCAUCUAGCAGUAUUCCUUUGGGUUGGAUUUUACCAUUAGAACCUUGUAAUAAUGAUUGGGCUAAAUAUUCCAAUAAUGUUAAUGUAUUGUAAUACUAAUUUAAAAUUUUAAUAAAUAAUGCACACUUAAAAAUGAAAAUAAAAAUAUAAUUAUCUUUAAUGCUUUA